AUGCCCCUUCAAGGCCCUCCCUAUCUCCCUCGCACAGCUGGGCUCGGUGGCCGUCCAACACCGUCCGUCGAUGAUCCCAUCUGCGGCGUCAUAUUGGCCUUCUUCGUCACAGGCGCUGUCCUGAAUAUGACCAUUCUGCAACUCAACCGUCGACGCUCCCACAAAUUUAUCCUCUCAGGCCUUCUCUUCGGUUUCUGCAUGGCCCGUAUCACCGCAAACGUCUUACGUAUUGCAUGGGCUUCGAACCCUACCAACUCGAGUCUCGCCAUCGCCGCCAAUGUUUUUACAAACGCUGGUGUUGUUCUCCUUUUCGUCGUGAAUCUCAUCUUCGCCCAGCGCAUUCUGAGAGCUUAUCAUCCACAUAUUGGAUGGAGCAAGCCUGCUUCCUUGAUCUUCAAGUUCCUUUACUUUUCCAUCGCUGCCAGUCUUGUCAUGCUCAUCACCGCUGUCGUAUACAACUUCUAUACUCUCAACCCGCACACUAAGCAGCAGCUUCGCGACAUUCAGCUUACUGGCAGUACGUUUCUCGCCAUCCUCGCAUUUCUCCCUCUGCCCAUCGUCGGACUCUGCUUCAUUCUUCCUCGAAAGACAGCCAUGGACAAGUUCGGCCAGGGUCGCAUGCGCACCAAGAUCCAACUUCUCGUCUUCACCACCGUUCUUCUUACACUCGGUGCCGCAUUUCGAACUGGAGUGUCCUACAAGGUUCGCCCCGCCAACGACCCAGCAUGGUAUCACAGCAAGGCAUGCUACUACUGUUUCAACUAUGUCAUUGAGAUCAUUGUCGUCUUCUCGUACGCUCUCUCUCGCUUCGACCGUCGCUUCCAUAUUCCUGACGGCAGCCAUGCCCCUGGCGAUUACUCUACCAACAAGAAAGCCCCCCAAGACCCGAUGUAUCGUGUCAACACCGAAGAGGAAGUCUUUGGCGAUGACGAGCGACCACGAACGGCAGAACAAAACCAGCAAAUGCAGAGGCAGUGGGAGGCAAACCUUCAGGCAGAGCGCGAAAAGGAGACUGUUUGA